CCUUCCUCCUCCUCUAGUCCCUGACCCUAACCUUCUAUUGCCUUCAAGUUUCUUACAGACAAAAAAAAAAAAAAAUAAGUUAGUGUUUUUAUUCCUAAACUUGAAGAUUGAUUUUCAGGCCUCCCCUCCAUCGAACAGAAAAAAAUGGGAAGUUCAAGCAAAGAUCUUCUACGGUUUGAGCACAAGGCUUGCUCUUCUUCACCCCUUGAAUCUGCGCUUGUUGUUUGUAAGGAAAAGGACUCAAACUCUCAGAUUGAUGCUGCUAAGAAACCAGCCAUUGCCCAGAUUCCUAAAAGUCAAGUUUUGGGAAAAGUGAAAGAUUUCUUGGGAGUCAUGGCUGAAGCUAAUAAAAGGCUGGAGCUUGAAGCAAAGAAUAAUUCUCAGGCCUAUGAUAUUGAAGUACUCAAUGGGAAUGACUCUGAAGUCAUUGAAAUGGAUUUGAUGUUAGGUGUAGCUGAUCUUCACACACCUGAGGCUCUGGCUGCUGCUGAAUCUGCAAUUGCUGGUGAUCAGCCGGUGAUUACGGUAUCUGGUGGUGGUAGUAAUAGUGGAACAGAAUCAGAUGCUAGCAGCGAUGAGGAAAGUGACGGUGAUGGUAACAAUGAUAACGGAACAUCCUGCCCUAGGGAACUUGAAAGACCCGAUACGGGCAAAGACAAUGCUGUUAGUGAAGCAGCAGGAAAGAGUAGAUCGAAGAAGCGGGCGAGGAUAGUUGAGCUAUCUUGAGAAUCAUUUUUUUGUCGAAAGGAUC